AAAGAAAUAUUAAAUGAACUGCAAAUAAAUAAUCACGUUGAUCUAAAAUAAUCAUACGUAGAAUAGUCAAUGGAAAUUGGAAAUGUAAAAGUAUUGUUAAUACCAUGAUUGAUUUUCAAACAAUAUACAACUGCGACAGUCAUUACCCUGAACACUUAAUUAACAAGAUGCAAAAUAAAUUUUGGAAAGAUACAUUGAAAGCAUUUGUUGAACUUUGUAGAAAAGAACCAUUUAAACAUCAGCUUUUGCUUCAUAAUCCACUAUUCUAUAACCAAAAGAUAACAAUUGGUAGCAAAAGUGUGUUUUUCAAAUCAUGGUUCGAGAAAGGCGUUCAUUUUGAUGGGGACUUGAUGCAGAUCACUAAAUCAUUAACCUUCUACAGUUAUGAUGAUGAUUACGAAGUAUAUAACUUCAAUCCACACUACUUAUUUAUCCUAGGAAUAAUUAAAGCAGCGAAAAGAUACUUAAAGCCCAGAGGCUCUUAUGACACAAGAUUUAUAUUGCCGUUUAUCCCCACUGGCCAUCUUAGAACAUACAAAAGCUACACUACCUAUGUAUGAAAUCAUUUCCAUGAACGAGUCUUCGCCUGUGUGUAUAGAUAAAUGGUUUAACAUGUUUAAUUAUAUCGGAACAAAAGAAUGGCGACAUCUUUUUGAUAUGCCCUUUCGUAUUACACAGGAUACCAAUUUGCAAUGGUUUCAAUAUAUAGCAUUGUACAAAGAAUCAUAAAUACAUACUCCUUUUUAUUUAAAAUAGGAUAUGUCACUCCAGCAAACUGUACUUUUUGUAAAAAUUAAUGUGAAACUAUUCAACAUAUAUUUUGGGAAGAUUUAAGUUGUUGGGCCUACAGUGCAAUUAUUCAAUCACCUGUGUACAAACGGCGGCGAACCGAUUCAGCGUUGAUCUAUAAAUGGGUUCAUCAAACAGCAGGCCGGGUACACAAACACAUACCAAACCGGAUCUAAAAAGAAACACCGAACAGGAAAUACCAAGUGCAUUAGGUGUAGCGAGUAUAGAUUUCGGGACCACCUACUCCGGAUGGGCGUUUUCUUUCACAAACGAUCCGAAAUGUUUUAUUACUAAAGAAUGGUAUUCCGGAAGCAUGCAUUCAAGCAAGGCCCCAACAUGUGCGCUCUUCCAGCCCGAUGGAAAAACAUUUGAAGCAUUUGGCUACGACGCAGAAAAUAAAUAUGUUAAAUUGGCUUCAAAAGAUGAUCACAAGGAUUGGUACUUCGUCUCAAAAUUUAAAAUGAGUUUAUUUGAAAGCGAGGCUACACUUGGAAGACAUUCUAUGUUGGAAGACGUGACUGGUAAACCAAUAAAUUCUAUGAUGGUAUUUUCUUCCGUAAUAAAAUAUCUGCAUGAUGAUCUGUUGAAAUCCCUGAAUUCACAAAACACAGGUGGUAUAGAAAAAGGCGAAAUAAAUUGGGUGCUCACAGUACCAGCCAUUUGGGACGAAAACGCAAAACAAUUCAUGAGGAUUGCGGCAAGAGAGGCGGGUAUUGACAUGGGGCGACUGAGCCUUGCACUGGAGCCCGAGGUAGCUGCAAUAUAUUGUCUAGAUGCAAACUUGGCAAGGUCCCAUCAUUCGAGCGGUUCAGAAAUUUCAACAUUACCGCUAGGGACGCGGUAUUUACUGUGUGAUGCUGGAGGAGGUACAGUUGACAUAACGGUACACGAAGUACUGCAAGGCAAGAAACUGAAAGAGAUAGAGCAAGCCAGCGGUGGCGCGUGGGGAUGUUCAACUGUCGACGAGGCGUUUGAGAAGUUAAUAAAUACUUUGGCAGGUGGGGCUGUUAUGCAAGAGUUUAAACUGAAAUUUAUGGAACAUUACCUCCAACUUUUGAGGAGAUUUGAAUUAUUAAAGAGAGAAUUCAAUCCAGAAACAUCAAAUGAGGCAGUAUUGUGGAUAACAACUGCAAUAUUUGAUGUUGUGCAAGACCUUACCGGAAAUAAUCUUGAAUAUCAAAUUAAGAAUUCACCAUACAAGAGUCAGGUUCAACUUUGGUUUGAUAGGCUUAAAUUUGAUGCGAGCUUUAUAUCAGCGCUUUUUGCUGGACCGGUAAAAAGCAUUGUUGACCAACUAUCCACACUUAUGUCAAAGCACUCUGCAAAGCCUAUCAAUCAUAUUGUUAUGGUCGGUGGAUUUUCUGAGUCGCCAUUUCUACAGGAGGCAGUGAAGAGCGCUUUUCCUGGAGUUAACGUGAUCGUACCGCACGAUGCAGUCCUGGCGGUUUUGAAAGGUGCGGUGUUGUUUGGACACAAUAAGAGAAAGAUUGUGUCUAGGAUCGCACGCUUCACGUAUGGGAUAGCGUCUUGCAUUGAAUACGACAAGGAUAUUCAUCCUGCCGGAAAGGUUGUUCAACAAGGGCCUCGAAAAGGCAGAGUUAAUAGGUGCUUUUCAAAACUUGUGGACAUCGGACAAUCUUUGCCGUGCGAGGAAGCUGCGGGGAUAGGUGCUUAUAGACCAUAUACAGGCCGUUCAAGUUACUUAGCCCAUGUGUACGCGACCACAAAUAAAGUCCCUGUAUUUGUGACCGAUGCUGGGUGCUUUAUGAUUGGCGGCUUUCGUGUUAACUGCAAAGACAAAAAUGGGGAAAUAUCUAAUUCGAUUCUAAAAAUGUACUUUGGUGGGACGGAAAUCGAAGUUAAAGCUACACUCGAUACAACUGGUGAGGAAAUAGCGGCAACAUUUGAUCUUCCAGAGUAAUGCACUUUGUCCUUACAUGUACCAAAUGGCUGUAAGAUGUCACGUAAUGGAAAUUCAGACAUGUUGGGAUGUGUUUUUUUGGCAUUGAGUGUGGUCUUAAACAUUGAUCGCACGUAUACACCUUUAGUAUAUGGAUUUCUAUAUAUAAAUAUUCGAAAAAAAGUAAGGUAUGCUUGAUAUAGCUCAAUAUUUUUAAGUAUUAUUGAAGUUUGUUAGUUAAAUUAAACUAACAUAUAAAACGGUACAACUGUAUAUUACUGAUUUCAAAAUAAAUGCCUAAAGAAAUUUCAAAUCAGCGUGUUUGAUUAUAAUAGGAAUUAGUAUUUAAUUCCUGUGUUGAAAAUGUUUUUUUCCAAACUGUUCUAGUAAUGUGAAAGUAUUUUUUAUCUUUUAUAACAAUAUAUUAACCUUUAAUUAAAGAUAUACAUGUAAUGAUUUCCCCACAUAACUUUGAAUCAGUGUUUAUGUAUCUGAAUACAUAACUAAUGUAUUUUCAGGAAAACCAACAAUCUAUGCUAUAAAAACAGAGAGCAACUAACACUGUUUCGAUUUUUUUUUCUGUUUUGAAUUGAUUUGUUUAGUUAAAACUUUGACUGGCGAAAGGUCCAUAAUGUGCCUCAACAUUUCAUAUGAACACACUUGGUAUGUUCAUGUUUUACUAGUGUUUUCUCAAUCCAUUUUGUAAAAGUUUCAAAUUCCAUCACUGGCGAACAGCUGUUAUUAGCUUGUCAAUAUAUAAAAACCUAAUAAGUUGUCACACAUCCUAAGACAUCCGUAUACUUAUAGUGUUUUAAUUUAAAUCAUGCAGCUAUUUAAUUGUAAUUAACUAAUUAUUUGCCUUAAAUCAUCAAUAAAAAAUUAGAACAUUGAAUACAAUCGUUAAUAUGCUUCUAUUUUACAAUUUUAAUGGGUUUUGCAUGUUUUCGUUCUAAGUUGUGUAAUAUUUAUAUUUAUAUAUUAAUAUAUAUAUUUACAUAUUUGUGGUGUAUUUGAAUUAGUUCAGUGCGAAAUUAAAUCACUCGCCCCACACAAGUAACCGUGUAUCUACAAGAAUAUAUCAGAUGUGGAUGUAUUCAUAACAUACUUAUCUUCUUAACAUUCAAGAUUGUUUUAACUUCUGACAAAUACACAUUUUCCUUAGCUUGUUCUAUAGAUUGUUUGAGUGUGUCGUCUCCGAUAAAAAAAGUCAUUUCUCAUGUUCAUUUUCCAUGUAAGCUUAACAAAAAGGAGUUGCACAUCAUCGGUCGAGGCUUUUUCAAAAUUAAUUUUGGAAUCAAAGGGUAAUUGUUAAAUAUAGUCAUAUUAGAAACGAUGGACGUGGCACUGGAUUGCGAUCUAUUUACACACACUUGACCCAUUUCGUUAAUUGUUUGUAAAAGUCUGCCAAAGGUCUUACAAUGACGAUUGUCUCGAUAUUGGGACAGUUUGCAAUACAUUAAAUUCUAUGAGAAUGGU